AUGGCAGCCUACUGCAACGAGGUCCGCAAGCUCGAGGACAAGUUCGACGGAUUGGAGCUCAACCACGUCGCAAGGCGCUUCAACGAAGCCGCUGAUGAGCUGGCGAAGGCGGCGUCCGGCCGAAUGCCCGUCCCUGAUGGCGUUUUCGUUAGCGACCAGCUGAAGCCCUCAAUCCAUUAUCCGGAGCCGGCAGGGGUCGGCAGCGCACCACCUGUCCCGGACCCGAGCGCCGACCCCGAGGAAAUCAACGCUGCUUUACUCGAGUCGGCCCCGGAAGCCGACCCAUCCGACCCCGUGGUCAUGGAAAUCACCGCUGCAGGGGCCAACCCCCCAGUCGACUGGAGAGCCCAGUACCUCAACUACCUUGUCCGCGGCACGCUCCCGGCGGACAAAACAGAGGCCCGCAGGAUCACGCACCGUGCAAAAUCCUUCACCAUCAUCGACCAGGAGCUCUACAAGAGAAGCCACACUGGGAUCCUCCAGCACUGCAUCCCGAUCGAGCAGGGAAAGGCGCUGAUCCAGGAUAUCCACGCCGGGGCUUGUGGUCACCACGCCGCGCCGAGGACACUCGUUGGCAACGCCUUCCGACAAGGUUUUUACUGGCCAACCGCGGUCGCGGAUGCUACCCAGGUAGUCCGAACAUGUGAAGGAUGCCAGUUCUUUGCCCGCCAAACUCACCUACCCGCGCAGGCGUUGCAAACCAUCCCCAUCACAUGGCCAUUUGCGGUCUGGGGGCUUGACCUAUUCACUGGGAAGAGAUUUCUUCAAAUCCGCGACGACCACCACAUUCGAGUGGAUUGGGCGGCAGUGGCGCACCCCCGGACGAACGGGCAAGUCGAGCGAGCCAACGGCAUGAUACUCCAGGGUCUCAAGCCACGGAUCUUUGACCGCCUUAAAAAGUUCGGCGGACGGUGGGUUGCGGAGCUCCCAGUGGUCCUCUGGAGCUUGAGGACGACCCCCAGCUGGGCGACGGGGUUCACCCCAUGCAAAAAAUAUAAGGAUGCGUGA